AUGGCUUUUCUUCUUAAACGAAACCCAAAGACGCCAGCUGACCUCGUACGGGCGCUAAACGAGCUCAUUGGGAAAUGGGACUUCAACGUCGACUCAAAGAAGUACCAGGACGACUGCUCUAGGUACUUGAAACAGAUCAAGGUGAUUCUUCAUGGCGACGAAGAACAAGACCCCCAGCCUGACCAGAUCCUGGCAUUGGCCCAGGAAGUCCACGCUACGGAUUUGCUAGGCCAUUUGAUUCAUAACUUACGGAAACUAGACUUUGAUCUGCGUAAAGACGUGUUGAUCUUGUUUCUGACGCUUUUGCGACGGCAGAUCGCCAACGAGAGCCCUACGGCCUCGUAUUUGCUCCAUCAUAGCGAAAUCUUGGUGAAACUCAUGAAGGGCCCGGAGUAUCCUGACGUGGCGCUUGUGUGUGGGCAGAUUUUGCGUGAUUGCAUCAAGUUUGAGCUGAUCAAUCGGUUUGUGCUUUACCAUCCGUUGUUCUGGCGGUUUUUCAAGUAUGUCCAGCAGCCGCUCUUUGAAGUGGCUACAGACGUGUUUGUCACGCUCAACGCUUUGCUUACAGUACAUAAGAAGCUUGUGGCUGAGUUUCUUCUGGCAAACUGUGCUCAGUUUAUUGAACAUAUCAACGAGCUCAUCAAGCUGGAUAACUACGUGACGAAAAGGCAGUCUGUACGUUUAUUACGUGAGCUUGUGCAGCAGAAACUGAACCAGCAGUUCUUGAUGAGCUACUUUGACGACGCCAAAAGUCUUAAGAUUGUGAUGAUCCUUUUAAGUGAUAAGCUGAAAAACGUGCAAGUGGAGGGGUUCCACAUCUUCAAGUUCUUUGUUGCAAAGCCCAAGAAGUCUCCUAAGAUCAUCGACAUAUUGGCGAAGAACAAAGACAACUUCCAGCAUUUCUUCGAUAACUUUGACGUCAACAACACCGCUCCAGGCCUGGUUGAAGAGCGUGACUACAUCUUACAAGAGAUCCAAAAACUAGAAGCGCCACACUAG